AUGCCGUCUAAAAAUUCGCAGAAUAGUGGAACAACUUCUAAAACAGUGUUAGAUAAAUCUUAUGAUCAACUGCGAGUCAAUAAAUGGGAUGGACCAAGCGUAAGAAACACAAUUGACGAUGCAAUUAGGAAGAUUUUCAAUGAAAAAUAUGAUAAUUGGAGUGAACGACAUACGCUGGCAGAUGGGCGACUAAUAAUAUCUACUGUUGCUGUUGCUCUUGCUGCUGUCGGUCUCAUAUAUGAUUAUAAUGAGCCAUUUCCAAAAUCUAAGCCGGUGCUUGCAACAUGUUCCAUUACAUAUUUCAUAUUAAUGGGUGUUUUACAACUGUAUCAAUGGUAUGUUGAAAAAGGUACUUUCUAUCAAGGCAUAGAAAUGGAUCCAAGCGGACGAACUCCUAAAAGAUAUUGGAAAUGGUCAUCAUCGAUCAAAAAAUACGAUGACAAAUAUACUCUGGAAGCAGAAUAUAUGCAAGAAUCGCGUACAGGAUAUAUUAAAGUGCUGAAAUCUAUAGGAGCAUUCAUAGACGAAGAAGGUGUUAUUGUUCUACCAAUCCUGGAAAAAGAAUUAGCACAUAUUAUUAGCAGCGUAUUGAGAAAAGACGGUAUCCUAGUAGUUGGUGAAGUCGUGAUAAACGCGGUAGAUUUUUUGAAUCCCGCUGUUCAGCAUUGCAACAGUGGAAACAGUGUAAUGCCAAAUAAUGUUCAGAAUGUGAUUAAUGGUGGCCAUCAGAAUGUUGCUAGCACAUCUGGUACAACAAAUACGCACACCAGCAGUUCUGGAGCAGCAAUUGUGGGUGCGGAAUACGGAAUUUCAUAUGUUAAGGUAGUGGCGGAAUCCGUUGGCGUAGCAUCGCUCCCCGAUGUUUGCGCAUCUCAAAUAGCAGUUCAAACGACAUAUGCGGUGAAGGUAGGAAUGGUAAUUGAACAAGCAAAGAAAUUCACUGUGCACGGCCGUCGUAAGCGCGUCACAGCGGAGGAUAUCGAUUCAGCAUUUACAAUGUCUGGCUAUCCGCCUUUAUUUGGUUUCACUGUGAAAGAAGGACUACCUUUUCGUUUUGCUGGAUCAUUGGGACGUGACUUGUUUAUUACGGAUGAUCGCGAUGUCGAAAUCACACCAGUACAAGGCUUGUGCAAUAAAUUCACAUGUCAGCGUCUCCUUGUUUCAGCUCACUGGUUAGUGAUUGAUGGUGUGCAACCAGCUGUACCGGAGAAUCCAGCUCCUGUGAUGGAAACAGAAGCGCCAAUAACGGUUGCUACCGAAAGAGCAGCAAUUGAUACGGGUCUAUCAAUAUUAUCAAAGGCACAUAGAAGCCUACGACAAACUGAACAAGUACAAAUCAAAACAACAUCUACACACGCACUCUCUGUGGAGCAGCAGGUAUUCUUUAAAGAAAUCACCGAGGCUAUUAUGGGCAGUGAUGAUACAAGAAGGACGGAAGCACUGUACAGCCUCCAAACAGAUGCGGGUUUGCAACAAUUACUACCUAGGUUUUCUGUGGCAAUCGUUGAAGGAGUUCGGUGCAAUAUUGUGCAGCACAAUCUGGCUAUUCUGAUAUAUUUGAUGAGGAUGAUCCAGAGUUUGGCAAAUAAUCCAGCACUGUCGUUGGAACGUUGUGUCAGUUACCAUUAUUUUUUUCUUUUGGCGCUGCAUGAGUUGUUACCUUCUGUACUGUCCUGCAUAUUAAGCCGGCAGUUAUGUGCUCGCCCAGAAACAGACAAUCAUUGGGCAUUACGAGAGUUUUCUAGUCGUUUGUUAGCCAAUAUGUGCAGGUCGUACAACAUCAGCCAUCUACGGUCGCGUGUAACUCAAGUGCUUGCCCAAGUUUGGCGUGAUGAAAAUUGUACACUUGCGGCAUUGUACGGAUCAUUGUACGCUCUGAACGAGCUAGGCGUUGACACUGUACAUUCUGUAGUGAUACCUCGAGCUGCUCAAUUGCAUAACGAUCUUCGGAAGAUAAUGUCGGACAAACCGAACAUAGUUGACAAAUUAGCCGCCGAAAAACUUCAAAAUUUUGUCAUCAAAGUAUUGGUACAUUUCGUAAAAACUCAAAAACCAGUUGGACUGAAAGAAGUUGCGGACUAUCAAAACAUGUUUGGAGGAUUUGGCGAAGCUGUGUACAAAGCCGUAACAAAUGAACAUUUAUCAAUAGUAUCUGCCAGUGCAUCAGCAAAUAACAACAAUGUGCAUUCUGGUGUUCUUCACAGAUCUGGAAGUGAUCGGAGGCCGGCUGUGUCCGUUCAACAGCAGCAGCAGCGUUUGAUGAUAGGUACAAAGCAACCUGUGACUUCUUUAUCUAAUUCACCACUUUAUGUGGUCCGUCCACAGAGCUCGCCGGUACCUGUUCGAAAUUCUACCCAGCAACCGUAUGUUAACAUUAUUAGUGGUGGGCGUUUGCAACAAUCAACUCCGGUAUUGAGUCGUUCAGCGCAACAAAGUACAUAUUAUGUUUCCAGUGGAACAAACUCACCAACGAAUUCCUAUGUUGUUCGACCAAGUGGAUAUAAGAAAAUGAUUGUAACAAGCCAGCGUGGUACUUCCAGCUCUACGAAUGACAGUUUUAGAAAUUCAUGA